CAUUUCAUUUUUUUUCCUUCUAACAAUGACUCUGUGCUUUAUAUAGGUUUUGUGUGCCCUGUUCUUCUUAUCUCUCGUCCCACCAUCCCACCUUGGCAUUGAACCCUUGGCCUUGAUCUCAACGUUCUACGGCCCUGACAGUCUAUGUCGGCGCAAUCCAGCAGAUGACCCGGAAGGCCAAGGCAAUCAUUGCCCUGCUCACCACCCUGAUCGCCUAUGUCUCCAUUAACAGCAUAGUCCGUAUCACUAGACCCGCUGCAUUUGUGUGGUAUGCAGAGGACCGGGACGAGCAGCACUGGAUUGCGAGUUCACGGUCCUGGUUCGAUCGCAAGGCAUGUCGGUGGCUGAGUGUGUGCGGUGCAGCACAUUUACAAAUGGCCAAGGGGAGAUUUGGACAGCGCGAUCCAGCAGGCUGGACGGAUGCCGAGUCCAGUGAGCGCUGGCGGUCGUUUUGGCGCGGAGACGCAGAAGAGCGGGCUCGGCUGAUCCCCGACUUUGUUUUCCACUACGCCCCACUCGUCCACCUUUAUUCUGGUGAACAGUUCUGGCCUGGUGAUAUCGCCGAGCAUCUGCAUCACACCACCCCAUUUCUCAAUUAUACUCCAAUUCAGGCGCAUUGGGAUCAUCCGACGCUGAGCAACUUGGAUGAUUUGAAUCAGUGGGAAAAGGGGUGGCCGGUGUACUUGACUAGCAACGAUGAUGUGCAGAGUCGUCCGCCGUGGUUGGAGGGUGAGAGGAACAUACCCCAGGGUGGAAACAAACAGGAAUCAUGGUCCGAUUGGGAUGGGCGGGUGGAUGGGGAUAUCCCUGGUGAUACCAAGGAAGAUCGUGCCCAGUGGUACGAUUUCACCCAGCCAGGCACGAUUCCGACGGAUGAUACGCUGGAUCAGCAUCACGAAGCUCAGCAAAUCUUCAAAGAGGAACUUCGCAAACGAUACGGCGGCAAGGAGAUCCGGGAUGAUGGGGCUGGCGGUCGAAGUGAUGCCCCUGCAAUCCUGGUAGUGAUGGACAAAGGCAAUGGGAUCAUCGAUGCAUUCUGGUUCUACUUUUACAGCUUUAAUCUCGGCAAUACCGUUGCCAACGUUCGGUUUGGUAACCACGUUGGCGAUUGGGAGCAUUGCCUGGUCCGAUUCUACAAUGGCAAACCGAAAGCCCUCUUCUUCAGUGCUCACCAAGGCGGAGAGGCUUACAGCUAUGAAGCGGUGGAAAAAAUCGGACAACGACCUGUCAUCUACUCCGCCGAGGGCAGCCACGCCAUGUACGCCACUACCGGGGUACACGAGUACAUUCUACCCUGGGGACUCUUGCACGACGUGACAGACCGUGGCCCACUAUGGGAUCCUCUACUCAACUCACACGCCUACACCUAUGAUUUCGACGAAGAUAACCUACGAGCCUCUACCUUCAGUCCCUCUGCCCCUACAGAAUGGUUCUAUUUCAAAGGCCACUGGGGCGAUAAGUUCUAUCCAUUAGGUGAUCCCCGCCAGUAUCGAUUCGCGGGCCAAUAUCACUAUGUCAACGGCCCUGUCGGUCCCCGAUUCAAACAUCUCAACCGUCAUAAGGUUUGCCAAGGCCCUGAUCGCGCUCCCUGUGUUAUCAAGAACUACGUCGAACAGGGGAAGCGUCCACAGCGGUGGGGGUCUAGCGGGCCAGGAGACUAGCUCUUGGCGAGUGAUCCAGCAGUUAAUUGGCCCCGUACUCCUCCUUCCUAAACCAUACCGUUCCCAAAUCACUGAUCUAUACCCAGCCCAGAUCUAGCGAAGAUUCUCCCAGCACAGAAACUCCUUGCCUCAUUCCCACUCACUCUUUACUCUUGUUCCUUUCUUUGCCACUUUUUCUCUGUUUCCCUUUAUAUCUCUCUCCUAUAUACCCCUUUAUGUUACUGAAAACCCUUCACCAAAGGCCAACAGUAUAGACCCUUCCUUACGAACGAUACCAUGACCUUUGAUCUGACUUCAACACGACUUGCAUGUGAUGUGGCGUGUUACCUGGCUCUCCUUUUGAACUUUUCGUUUCCAUUCCCAGAUUCCCUUGGUUUCAUUUUUGGUAUUUGGUUGGCGUUGCGUGUUUGUUCAUCGUUGCUAGACAGUUAACAGCAAUUUCAGAAAAUUAUUUUGAUCCUCUGCUUUGCUAACUUACAUAAAUCGUUGAUCUUGGUCUUUCGAUUUAUGUUUUUAACGGCUAAUCGAGCUAUUAGUUUUAAAAAUGAUGCUAGGCUUCGGAGAUUCGACAAUAUAAAUUGGCCCUAACUCAUUCCUGGAGAGCAG